AUGUCCGUCGCGCUCGACCUCCCGGGUGCGCUGCGCACUCUCCCCUCGGCGCUUCUGAACAUGGAGCUCAGCGACCCGCUCCAUCUCCCGCUGCUCAUCGUCUCCUUCGUCUCGGGGACGAGCUACGCCCUCGGUCUCGCGACGGGCAACGUCGGCUGGGUCGACAGGGUGUACACGACGCUGCCGCUCUUCGUGUCCGCCGCGAUCCUGCUCUGGGCGCACACGCACGGCUUUGCAGCGAGCGUGCCCCGCCUCGCGGUCAUUCUCUUCGUGCAGUGUAUCUGGUCCGCGCGGUUGACGUACCACACAGCCCGGCGAGGCCUGUACAAGCUCUCAGGCGAGGACUAUCGCUAUGUCUGGCUGCGGCAGCGCGUGCCCCCCUGGUUCUUCCAGAUGGUGCACCUCUUCGCCGUCGUGCUCCUGCAGCCGAUCCUGAUCGGCGCGCUGUCCUUUCCGCUCGUCGGACUGCUGCGGGAGGAGUCCGAGCUAGCCAAGGGCAAGGCGGGCAUCCCCGCCUGGCUCUUUGGCGGCGGGGACGGAACGGCGCUGCAUGCCGGCGACAUUGCGUUCCUUUUCGUGUCGCUUGCGUGCGUGAUCCUCGAAGCGGCGGCAGACGAGGCCAUGUUCACGUUCCAGGAGGGCAAGCACGCAGCGCUGAAGCAGGAAAAGGCGGCGGUCGUGGACCGCGAGCUGCGCUCGCAGCUGCUCAGCGUCGAAGACAACAGCAACGGGAGCGCCAUCAUCGACACGCCGCAAACAGAGGAGCCCGAGGCCCUCUACACGCCAGCCUACUACCCGGGCUUCCCGACGCGCGGCCUUCAUUCUCUGGUCCGCCACCCGAACUUUCUCGGCGAGCAGCUCUUCCACCUCUCCAUAGGCCUGUGGCCGCUGUGCGCAAACCCGACGCUGUACGCUGCCUCCUGCCUUUUGCCCGCGCUAGCCCUCAGUCUGCUGUUCACGGGCAGCACGCUGCUGACGGAAACCAUCACGGCGAGCAAGUACCCGCUGUACAGGGAGUAUCAGAAGGUGCUGGGCAAGUUUGCGAUCCAGGAGACGCUGCUCAAGCUCGUCUACUUUGAGUUCUUCCGCCAGAAGGACAAGGAACGUAUCGAGGGACUGCUGUAUCCCCGCGAAGUGGCGCAUAUUGGCGUCUUGAGACGGAUCAGCUCCUCGAGCGUCAGUACGGCCUCGUCGAGCUCUAGGAGUUCGGCGGGCAUCUCGCGCUUCAAGGAGGAGUGA